AUGUCGAAAUCACUCGUCGCCUUGUUCGCCUUGUUGGCCGUCGCUUCCGCAGAACACUUCUACGUGACCAACAACAACACCGGACUUGCUUGCAUCAUUCUCGACGGAGAUUUCCAGUUCAACCUUGUGUUCAAUGAGGGAAAUGUCACUUCCAAGUACACAGUUCUCCUCAACAACACCCUCAACGUCGACGGAGAUUGCAAUGGAGUCAUCAACAACCAAUCUGUUCAAACUUUGAACAUCAAAUUCCAUCCAGAGGGAGAGUCAGCCCGUUAUCCAAAGGAAUGGGAGCUCAAUAUCGUUUUUGGAUCAUCCAGCAACGAGGCCUUCAAGAUUGUUGACUACACUCUCAAGACCCAGAAGACCAGCCUUGUCCCAUUCUUUGGAACUUUCGUGAGAGACGAGAAGGCUGCUGGAGAUGUUACCGCCACUGAGACCAACGCUUACAAGUGCUCCACCGCCAAGCUCGGACUUGUUGGAGGAUCCACCAUUGAUGUCAAGACCGCCAACGUUAUCGCCUUCGCCCAGCUCAACGGAACCACCUUCCCAACCAACCAAGUCUACGAAGUGUGCUACCUUGAUGCCCGUACUAGCGAUGUUGUCCCAAUUGUCGUCGGAGCUUGCCUUGCUGCUCUUGUCAUCGUCGUCCUCGUCGGAUACCUUAUCGGGCGUGCUCGCGCCAAGAGACAAGGAUACGCCAGCGUCUAA